GAGGGGUUAUUGUAGAAGGAAAAGGAAGUCUCUUCUCCAAGCAUGAAAGGUUGAACUACUUCAUCUCUUCCUCAUCAUCUUCUGGCCCUCGGCAGACAAAGGCUCAGCUAGUCAUACCAGGUGCAUGAUUCAGCAUGGAAGUCAGAAAUAGAGAACAUUUCCAGGGUCCAAGUAGGGACUUGCUCCAAACCCUGGGAGAGAAGGAAGAAGAAAUGGAAACACCUAUCCAGGUGGUGCUUAGAGUUCGCCCCAUGAGCCAGGCUGAACUACGUAGGGGGGAGAAAAGUGUUCUUCACUGCUCUGGCCCCAAGACUCUGCAGGUGAGUCCUCUAGGUGGUGGCCGAGAAGUUGCCUUUCAUUUUGGAGUGGUGUUGGAUGGAGCCUGCACUCAGGAUGAGGUGUUCCAGGGCAGUGGAGUCCAGCAUCUGGUGGAGCUUGCUCUCCGUGGUUUCUCCUGCACAGCCUUCACCUUCGGCCAAACGGGCUCUGGGAAGACCUAUACUCUGACAGGGCCUCCUCCCCAGGGCGAAGCAGAACCUGUGCCACCCAGCCUAACUGGGCUCAUGCAGCGAUCCUUUGUCUGUCUCUUGGAUAAAGUCCAGGAUGUUGGGACCCCUAUAACUCUCAGUGCCUCUUACUUAGAAAUCUACAAUGAACAGGUUAGGGACCUAUUGAGUCAAGGACCCCACCAUCAUCUCCCUGUUCGUUGGAACAAGACCCAGGGCUUCUAUGUGGAAAAGCUGAAAGCAGUCAAAUUUGGCACAUUAGAGGAAGUGAUGGAACUCUUGCUAGAAGGUCUGAGACGGCGUCGCAGUUCAGCCCAUGCUCUGAAUGUCGUCUCCAGCCGUAGCCAUGCCCUAUUCACCAUCUAUAUUCAGUGUCCUGUGGUAUCCCCUAGCAGGUCAAAAGAGCAGACAUUUGGGAAGCUGUGCUUUGUAGAUCUGGCAGGCAGUGAGAAAGUAGCAGUCACCCACUCUCGAGGAGAAUUGAUGCUGGAGGCCAGCAACAUCAACCGCAGCUUGCUAGCCCUGGGCCAUUGCAUCUCUCUGCUACUGGACCCACGGCAGAAGAAGAAUCACAUCCCCUAUAGGGACAGCAAGCUGACACGACUGCUGGCAGAUUCUCUGGGUGGCAGUGGAAUCACUCUCAUGGUGGCCUGUGUGUCCCCCUCAGCCCAGUGCCUCCCAGAAACACUCAAUACAUUACGCUAUGCCAGCAGAGCUCAAAAGGUUACCACCCACCCCACGCCUAAGGUUCCCCAGGGUCCUCAGCCUCUUGGCCUUGAGGAGGAGAUUCAGCAGCUCCGGCAAGAGAAUUUGAUGUUAAAACAGAGGCUGGAGCAGCCUCUGGGACACAGGAGUAUGAGGAUUCAGAAGGAGACCUGUGACAAGGAAUUUGUCAACCUGAGACAAAGGGGUGCCUCCAGGAACAAAGGACCCCAGUCUGGCUGGGCUAAGAGAAGCCUAUAUGGAAUGCUACAGGAGUUCAUGCUGGAGAACCAGCAGCUGAGGGAGGAAAAAAAUCAACUUCAGAGAAGCAGGGAAUGUGCCUGGAAUGAACAGCAAGUCUUGGUUCAACAGCUCAAAGAACUAAACAGGCAUUUCCUCUGCUCUUCUGGCCACAGCAUCCGAUGCCUUCCCCAGCAUUUCUCCAGUCCCACCCUGCUCUGCCCCUGCUCAGUAUCUCAAGCGCAAUACCAAGCUCUGGCCUGCCAUCAGGUGCUGCCUCCCCUCUGUUCUUGCCACUGCAACCAACUCUGUCUCCUGUGCUAUGCCCCUCUGCCUCCAUGUGCUGGUUCUCGGCUCAGUCAAGCGCAGAGGGGAGAAGCCUCACUCCUUCCAGGCUAUCUGCCCUCGCAGAUGCUGCCAGAGCUGCCUCCACUACACGUGUUUGGUACCCAAACCAAGGCCCCAUGGAAGAUGGGAGUCCCCAGUCCUCAGGUCCAGAACCAACCCUUUGCCCAGCCUCCAGGCCCUGACCUCAGGGAGCACCCUGUGAAGAGGAAAAGCAGCGAGUGGGCUUGGACUCACUUUUUGGCUGAGAGCCUGACAAAGGAGGAGGCCUCUGGAAGAGCAGGCCGAGUCACCCCCUCAGCACCCCCUCUGCCCGAGGGGCCCUGUGGCACACCCGGGAGGCCAAGAGUCAGAGGUCCCAAGUUCAUCCAGGAUGUUGGAGGAAGAACUGGAGGUGCUGAGGGACCAAAUCCACUGUACCCUGCACUUGGGCCAAGGAAAGCCACCUACUCCCAAGGGGAAACAUUCAGAGUGUGGACACCUCCCUCCCUGCUGAGUUGUGCCUAUCCUGUUUGCUCCACUUUGGAGCUGUGCUCCAAGUGAUGAAUGACUUAUUGCUUGGGUUAGGUUAAAGGAUUGGGGAUGGGGAAUGUGUGUUUGGUGGGGAAGAGGAGGAAGGAAUGUGCUAAUCCAAGGCCAGAGAAGCAGUAUGUCUCAAAUGUGGUCCUGCACCCCUAGCUUCAAAGGGGCUUCCCCUCAAGCAUUUGCCCCAGAAGCUCUCAUUGAAGCAGAAGCCAAGCUACUGUUUUUUGCCUUCUAAAUCUGAAAUAGACUUCAAGAAACUAGAAAUGCUAAUAAAGAGAGAAAAUGA